GCCAGAGAGGGCUAAGCUCUGUGUUGUGAGCACAUUUCUACAGGAGAACUGUUCCCUCCCUCCCAAGGCAUACAGAUUUCUGCUUGAAAGCAAGCCCUACCUCCCCGGGUCAGCGUUCCAGCUGGACACAACUUGGGAGGACCAUGGCAACCUACGCUCUUCAAAUGGCUGCACUGGUGCUUGGUGGUGUUGGCAUGGUGGGCACGGUGGCUGUGACUAUCAUGCCUCAAUGGAGAGUGUCUGCCUUCAUCGAAAGUAACAUUGUGGUGUUUGAGAACCGCUGGGAAGGCUUAUGGAUGAACUGUAUGAGGCAUGCCAACAUCAGAAUGCAGUGCAAGGUCUACGACUCCCUGCUGGCUCUUAGUCCAGACCUCCAGGCAUCCAGAGGACUGAUGUGUGCUGCGUCCGUCUUGGCUUUUUUGGCUUUCAUGACAGCCAUCCUCGGAAUGAAGUGCACCAGAUGCACCGGGGACGAUGAGAACGUGAAGAGCCGCAUCUUGCUGACAGCCGGAAUCAUCUUCUUCAUCACCGGCUUGGUUGUGCUCAUCCCUAUCAGCUGGGUUGCCAAUUCCAUCAUCAGAGACUUCUACAACCCACUGGUGGAUGUGGCCCUAAAGCGCGAGCUGGGAGAAGCCCUCUACAUAGGCUGGACCACAGCGCUGGUGCUGAUCGCUGGAGGAGCACUGUUCUGUUGUGUGUUUUGUUGUACUGAAAGGAGCAACAGUUACAGGUACUCGGUACCAUCCCAUCGCACCACUCAACGGAGUUUCCACGCCGAAAAGAGAUCUCCGAGCAUAUACUCCAAAAGUCAGUAUGUGUAGUUGUGUGUGUAUAUUUUAACCGUAGCUAUAAAGCUAAGCUUUUAUAAAUCACCGAACCAGCCACUAUUUUAGAGAAAUGGAGCCCACACUGUAUCCAUUUACCUUUCUUAACUGCCUAGCACUCAUUAGAGGAAAUAUGCAGCGUCUAUGAUUCCAUAAGUGAUUUUAGCAGAAUGAGGUAUUAUGUGCACUGCUUCGAUUGUUCUAGAAAGCCUAGCCAUUUGUUUUCUAAAAUGGUUCACUCAGCUCUUCCUUUUAUCAGUCACUCUAAACCUGCACAUGGAAAGACUGUUGGUUUAAGCUGUGAUUUCUCUGUGUCAUGGCAUUUUCCAAGUAGAUGCGGGUGGCAGUUAUAUCUCACGCAAAUAGAGACAGGCUUAUGUGGUUCUAUUUAAAGUGGAAUGCCAAUCCAUCACGCUGAAUAAAUAGAACUCAGCUAUUGCAUUUCAGGGGGCCUGGGGAUAAAAGAGAAGGAGGCUGAUAUUAAUUGCCUAAAAACAGCUUAAGGAUUAGUGCACUCUAUUUGUAGUGAAGGUUAAAAUGAAGGCUUUAAUCACUAGUGUCAGGCUUUCUGAUAUCCUGCUUUGCAGCCUCGAGGAGUAAGAAAUUCCGUCACCUUUAUCCUUUCCCUCUCUCUACACGCCUUAAUUUUCUGUUGCCUCCUAUCUUUUAAAGUUUAAAGCAGAUGUUUUGGCAAAAUAUUUUUUUUCCUUCAGACUACUUUUGUAAGGCUAAGCAGUGGUCUUAGAAAAAUGAAUAAUUUCAGAAAAAUGAAAUCAUUAGCUUUUCUGUUUAGAGAAGAAUGUAUUGUUUUUGAAAUGAAGUCAUAUCAUGUAAGGGAUUGUUCAAAUGCUAUUUUUGCAUAGUUUUUUUUGAACUUAUCAGUAUAAAUGAGGGAGAAAGAAGAACAUUUUCAUUGUCAUUUUAUUAAUCCAAAGAGACACAAACCCUCCAAAUCCAAAAGCUUGUCCCCUUCUAACUCCUGCCACUCAAACUUAUCAUUUCUGUUCUGUUGAAGGGAUUUCCCCAUUUUCUAUGUCUUUGCUAAGUUUUAUUGAAGUGUAGUAUUACUCUGUGUUUCCUCUUAAUUUGAGACAACUGUUAUUCUAAUACUGUUUCAUAUAUAUGAUUUUUAUAUUGAUAAAUUGUUAUAACAAUAUAGCAUUUCUUACAUCAUUCUUUUUCAUUACCUUGUGCAAGUGUUUAAAACUUGGUAUUGACUCUUUUAGUCUGAACAUAGAUAUUGUGUUCAUUUUUGUAAUGUAUGAUUUAAAAUCAACGUACUUUAUAAUGACCUCACAUAUGCACUAAUAUUUGAUUAAUAUAUUAAUAAUAUUAAAUUGCACUUAGGUCCAAUGAAAUGUGUUUGUUGUAAAUACUGUGAAUGUAAUCAUGUUUUAAAAAAUGUUGUUCAUAUGUAUUUCAACUCCUGAGAAUUCAUAUGAACAGUGCUGAAUGAUUUGGGAAUAUACAUCAUAUUUAUGUGAAUGAUAUUAUUAAACGUUUGCAAUACUAA